UGAAAUAAAAAUUUAAAGAUUUAUAGUUGAUAGUAAUGAAGGAUUUAAUAAAAUAAAUAUUAUUAUAAAAAAUAUUAUAUACUAUAAAUAUUCAAUAAAAGAACAUUCGACUGACUUUGAUAUUUAACGAACCUUAACUUUAUGCAAGCAUAACAAAGCACAUUUCCUUACAUUUUAAAUAGAUCAAAGAAUUUGAGCAAUGGUUUAUGCAAUGAACAAGAAAGUAAUCGUCUACGAAAAGAACAUACUAAUCAAAUAUAUAUGAAAAUUAGUAAGGAUAGUAAGGAUAGAAGCUAUUAUUUUAUCACAAAGUCCCAGAGAUGCCACUAUAUGAAACUUUUUUUCACAAAAAUUAUCAAAUACAGCACUUACUAUCAUCAGCAGCGAAUCAAAGCAUAAUUCUUGAACAAUUUUGAUGAACAAAAUCUUAUUUUAAGGAUGACAAUUUAAGCGAGAAUUAACUUUUUUGAAGUUUCUAGAAAGUUUUAUUUUUAUGCAAUUUUUGAGAAAAUAAAGAAGAAAUAAAGUUUUUUCAAAAAUUCACUGAUAAAAUGACUAAUGAAAUAAUUUCAAUUAUUGCCUGAAAUAUUUACAUAGAAAACAAAAAACAUAAACACAUCAAUAACGUUCAAAAGUAAUUUUAUAUAUUUUGAUACUGCCGCCAUCUAGUAAUGCACGUCAUAACAUGAGCUAAUCAGCCUAUAAGAGUUUUCUAAGCUAGAGACAUCUUUUUCUCAAGCGUUAUUAUCGUAUUACGAUUGAUGAUAAUUUUAUAUUAUUUUAAUCACAUUUAUAAUAUGCGGUUUUUCAUAUUCUAAAGCACUUUCAUGAUGAAUCAGUAUUAAUAAAUUAAUAUUUAAAGAUUCUAUAUGGUUAGUAAAACAAAUAUAAAUAUCGUUACUUUUAUAUGUAAAGUGAUUGUUGAACAAACUUGCGCAUAAAGGGUAGUAUGCGUGUAAUAUGUACACGUAUUAAAGUGUAAGGAUAAGAGUGUAAACAACAAUCAUUAUAAUUUGACUUAUGGUCAUGUGAAAUUCUUCUCUGGUUCUAUAAAAUUGUUAACUCUAUUAUUUGUACACGUAACGAUAAAAAAUAUGGCGACGAUGGAUGAAACAAAACUAGAUAUGUACGAUGAUGCAACAUAUAAUGUGGACCCUCAAAAUGUUGAAGGAGAGAUGACAGUAGGACCCAAACAAAAAUCAAAUCUAGGUGAACCAGAAUUUAAUACAUUAGACGAACCGAUAAGGGAUACAAUUCUUAGAGAUGUUAGAGCUGUAGGCAAGAAAUUCUAUCACGUUUUAUAUCCUAGGGAGAAGAAAAGUUUACUAAAAGAAUGGGACCUUUGGGGACCGUUAGUGUUAUGUACAUUUAUGGCAAUGAUAUUACAAGGAUCAUCUGAUACAACUGAUAAUUCUAAUGAUGGUGGACCUGAAUUUGCAGAGGUAUUUGUUAUAGUAUGGAUUGGAUCCAUGGUUGUCACAUUGAAUUCUAAACUUUUAGGUGGUAACAUAUCAUUUUUUCAAAGUGUUUGUGUCUUAGGAUAUUGUUUAUUGCCAACUGCCAUUGCAUUAAUCCUAUGCAGAAUUAUAUUAAUGGUAGAACAAAGUACUUUCUUAUUCAUACUCAGAUUUAUUAUUACUAUGAUUGGGUUUAUAUGGGCUACAUAUGCAUCUAUGGCAUUCCUUGGAGAUAGUCAGCCUGUUGGGAGGAAACCUUUAGCUGUUUAUCCUAUUUUUCUAUUUUACUUUGUUAUUUCAUGGUUAGUAAUAUCACAUACGACAUAAAAUCAAAUAUAGUAAUUAAUAAUAUUUUAAAUAGAAGGCUGUACAUGUGACUAAUUCAUCUUAGUAUUACUAGACAUGUGAUUGUAAUCCAAAAUAAUGUGUAAGAGAUGCUUAAUCAUUUCAAAUUUACAAUUUAUAUUAUCUGCUUUUUGUCUAUAACAAAGCAUGUAUGUACUAUGAAGUAUUAGUUGCAGAACCGUCGUUUUGUAUAUCAAUUACAUUAUAUUUAUAGAAAAAAAUA